AUGUACCCUGAAUCUUCAAUCAAGAUUCUUGACUUUCGGGAGGGAGAUAAAGAAAACAGGAUUGCAUCUGCUUUCGCAGACUAUGAUCAUAUUACCAUAAUGGACUAUCCUCGCCAUUAUGAAGGCUGUCCAUUGCUCUCAUUGGAGGUGAUCCACCAUUUUCUAAAAUCAACCGAAAAUUGGCUCUCGGUUGCGCAGCAAAACAUUCUUAUAAUGCACUCCGAACUUGGUGGUUGGCCGGUUUUGGCUUUCAUGGCGGCUGCACUUGCACUUUACAGAAAAUAUUUCACUGUUGAAACCAAGGCCUUGGAGAUUGUUUAUAAGAGGGCCCCUAAUGAUAUGUUAUCCAAUAUGUCACCAUUGAAUCCUAUACCUUCUCAAUUGAGGUACUUACAAUAUGUGUCAAGGAGGAAUGUUACUGACAUGGAGUGUCCUCCUGCUGAUAAGGCACUCACUUUGGAUUGUGUUAUAAUGAGAAUGAUUCCGGAUUUCGUUGGAAAAGGGGGUUGCUGCCCUGUGCUUAGGAUUUAUGGACGCGAUCCUUUGUUAAAUGUUGAUAAAACUCCCAAACUUCUGAUCUCAACGCCAAGGAGACGGAGACGAAAGAAUAUCUGGUACAACAAUCAGGCAGAAAGUGAAGUUGUUAACAUUUAUAUUAAUUGCCAUAUUCAAGGUGAUAUUGUGCUGGAGUGUAUUGGCUUAGAUGAUGACAUAAUGAAAGAAAAAAUCAUGUAUCGCACCAUGUUCAACACGUCAUUCAUUGAAUCAAACACGUUGAUACUUAAUCGCGAUGAAAUCGACGUACAUUGGGAUGCUAAGGAACAGUUUCAUAAAGAUUUCAGAGCUGAGCUUCUUUUCUCAGAAAUGGAGCCCUCAGCUUCUAUGGUUCCAGUAGAUUUGUCUUAUUUUGAGGAAAAAGGGCUCCCAGUGUUUGCUAAAGUUCAAGAUAUGCUUGGCAGUGGGGAUUGGCUUGUUCCUAAAAAUGAUGAUGCAUUAAAAAGGCUGCACCAGAUGCCUUUAUCUGAUGUUGUUAAUGAAAUGUUGAAAACAAGUUUUCAAAGAACCGAACCCAAAAACAUGCUUCAAACACUUACUAAAAGAAACAAUGAUCAGGAUAAGAAUAUCACUGUUGGGCCUAGAAGUAUUUCCCUUCCCAGACAAUUGCCAUCAUCAACACAAACAUCCGUAGAUGCUUCUAAGACUUCUCUAUCUCUUUCAUCAUCCAUGCUACCUCCUAUAAUCUUGCCACGUGAAACAGCAACUGCUUCAUCAAUGUCUCCUCCAGCGCCACCACCACCACCACCUGUGUUCAAUCUGAGAAAGAAACUAAAGCCUUUACAUUGGUCAAAGAUCAAUCAACCACCACAAGGAAGCAUGUGGUUUGAAUCACAAAAACAUGGUGAAACUUCAAGAGCAUUAGAGUUCGAUAUGUCGGAACUUGAGAAUCUCUUCUCAGCAUCCAGUCCAAAUUCAGAUUAG